UAUUAUUAUUAGUGCCAGCAAAGAAACAGCAGUAGCAGGAGGAGGAGGAGUAUAUAACGCACAACACCAAACAAAACAUAGAGAACGCCCCAAAGCGCUGCUGAAUUCGAAACUGAAAUAUUAACAAUGGCCGCAACCACAUUCCCCUCCGACGAUAUCGACAACCUCCGCUCGCCGUUGCUUCCGCCGAAGAAGAAGCCGCCGACGGAGAAGCUCUGCAUCGACGACAUGCUGCGGAAGCACUGUGGCGAGUUCGGCCGGUGGCAGCUCAAGCACUUCAUCCUCACCAGCCUCGCGUGGGCUCUCGAGGCCUUCCACACCAUGGUCAUGAUCUUCGCGGACCGCGAACCGGACUGGAGAUGCGUCUCCGGCUCCGUCUGCGACGACAGCGGAGGCGGCGGUGUCUGCGGCCUCUCGCCGGAGUCGUGGGAGUGGGUCGGCGGCCGCGGUGGCUCCACCUUGUCCGAUUGGAGUUUGAUUUGCGGAAAUAAGUUUAAGGUCGGAUUGGUUCAGGCAGUUUUCUUCGCUGGCUGCAUGAUUGGUGCUGGAAUAUUUGGCCACCUCUCAGACUCCUCAUUAGGAAGGAAAGGCUCUCUCACAGUGGUUUGUGCCAUGAACACCAUCUUUGGCUUCUUAACAGCUCUGUCCCCUAACUACUGGAUCUACGUCCUCCUCCGCCUCCUCACCGGCCUCAGCAGCGGUGGCGUCGGCCUCACCGCCUUUGUUCUUGCUACCGAACCAAUUGGCCCAACGAAGCGCGGUGCAGCGGGUAUGUCCAGCUUCUACUUCUUCUCCGGCGGCAUUGCACUUCUCUCCGGCGUCGCCUACAUCUUCCAAACAUGGCGCUAUCUCUACAUAGCCUCCUCCAUCCCCUCCUUCCUCUACAUCAUCCUCGUCCUUCCUUUCAUAUCCGAGUCCCCAAGAUGGUACCUCGUUCGCGGCAACGUAACGGAAGCCAUGAAACUCAUGUCCACCAUUGCUUCUUCCAAUGGUAAACACCUUCCCGAUGGUGUUCUCCUUGCACUUGACGACGAAACAUCGUCCACAAUAAACCAAGGUUCAGGCUAUGACAUAACAACAAUGAUGACUUACAAAAACGAAAACAAGGAUGCACUCGUUGGAUCCAUCAUAGACGUGGUUCGUUCCCCCAUCACUCGUAUGAGGUUGUUCAUUGCGGUGGCUCUUAAUUUUUUAGGUUCUGUGGUCUACUAUGGGCUUAGUUUAAACGUCAUGAACCUCGAAACCAACCUCUACUUGAACGUGAUGCUGAACUCGGUGGCGGAGAUGCCGGCCUUUACGAUAACGGCGGUGCUUCUGGACCGGUUCGGACGGAAGCCGUUGACGGUGGCGACAAUGUGGUUCAGCGGGUUCUUUUGCUUGAUGGGGAGUUUGGUGGGCAAUGUUGGGGUGUGGAAGAUGGUGAGAAUGGUGUGUGGUGUUUUGGGGAUAUUUGGGAUGGCGGGGACUUAUAAUUUGCUGUUUAUUUACACGGCGGAGCUGUUUCCGACGGUGGUGAGGAACGCGGCGCUCGGGUGUACAACUCAGGCGUCGCAAAUGGGAGCCAUAUUGGCGCCGUUUGUGGUCGUUUUGGGAGGGUGGUUGCCGUUUGCGGUGUUUGCAGCAUGUGGGAUAGUGGGAGGGAUGUUUGCGUUUAAUCUUCCAGAGACUCUAAACCAACCCCUCUAUGAUACAUUCGGUGGAAUGGAAGCUGGACUUGCUUGAUAUAUUGUAGCAGUUGGGAAUAAUCAUGUAUCUCUAAUAUCCAUUACAUGUAAUCGAUUUUAAUUUUAAAAAUAAAGCAUUGUUAUUUUGUUAUUAUUU